UAACAGAGCUGCCUGCCUUUAUAGGAGACGAAGCCAACUCCUUUGUAUCUCUGCCCAGUCCCCAGCCAGGAAGUCAACUCAACUCACUCCAUCCCCUGUGGCGUGGAAGAUAGAGAGGGACACGGAGCUUUGGAGAGAUGCCGUGGAGGCCGCCGGCGGCGCCAUGUGGCUGGAGGUGGCGGCUGUUCUCGGCCUGCUUCUUCUUCCUCGGCUUCGUGCUCGCCAAGGCGGCCGCCCAUGGCGCGGGAGCCGGGGCACCAGCUACAGCAGCUCCUGCUCCUAGGCUCCAUCCAGCUGAAGCGCGCGUCCUGCGCCCGAUAGCGGCCAAGCUCGGCAUGACACACUGGGACUGGGCUGCCGGCCCGUGCGGCCCUGCCGGCGGCGUGGACUGCCAGUGCUCCAACUACUACUCCAACCAGACCGUGAUCUGCCAUGUCGUUCGCAUGUAUGUAAUUAAGCGUGGUUUCUCCAAACUUGCUGACGAUCCGAUCCAAGGCUGUGCUGUCAUGCCUGUAGUUCAAUGGGUGACACAGCAGAUUGCAUUGAUCGUCUUUGCGGAGUCCUCAAGGGCCGCAACUUCUCCGGCGAGCUUCCGCCCGACUGCGCCGACCUCCCAUAUCUGCAACAUAUCAGUAACUCCAAGUGUGUCUCGUUGUCUCUUGAAUCUCACUACGCCGAAACAGCAAAUACGAGCAAGCAAUCUGAGAUAAGUCUCUAAGGGUACGUCUCAGAUUACAGAAAGAGCGUCGCGCUAAAAAUGAGGGCGCGGCGCUGCGUGGGGUGGAGACAAAUGCGAGACGCGCCGUGGGAGGGCACGUCUCCGAUCAUUUUGAGAUCUGAGAUGCGCCUUAACGUGGCUCGUCUCGCAUUUAUUCCCACCUCAAUGCGCCGUGGGCGGGCUUGAACGUAAUGCGAGACGCGCCUUAGUAAGACUCGUCUCGCAUUGAUCCCAAAAAGGGGGUGGGGCGCGGUGGGGCGCGUCUGUAGCGUACAAUACAAUUACA